AUGCCCGAUCGCGAUGUCACGGUGUGUAACGCGAUGAUGAAAUCACUCGCGGAGGACGAUCGGUUGCUGCUAGCGCGCCGGCUGUUCAAUCAAAUGCCCGAAAGAGAUGUGGCGUCCUGGAACACGAUGAUCCAAGUGAAUGCCAUUCACGGGCAUCUUGGAGAGUCGCGGCGGCUCUUCCGUGCGAUGCCGCAGAGGAACAUCAUCUCCUGGACGGCGAUGCUAGCGGCGGAGGAGAGCGAUCUCGCCGCCGCCAAGAUCACAUUCGCGGGGAUGCCCGAGUGGAACGUCGUCUCCUGGACGGUGAUGAUCACGGCGCUGGCACAGGCCGGGCUAGCGCGCGAGGCGGCGGUGCUAUUCGCCCAGCUCCCGGAGCAAAACAUCGUCUCCAUCACCGCCAUGAUCUCGGGGCUCGGCGCCGCGGGAUCGAUCGACGAGGCGCGCAGCCUCUUCGAUCGAAUGCCCGCCCGGAACCAAGUCUCCUGGAGCGCGAUGAUCCAAGCCUACGCGCAGAAUGGCUACAUCGACGAGGCGCGAUCGAUUCUAGACGCGAUGCCGGCGAUGGAUUCCGUGGCCUGGAACACGAUGAUCGCGGCGUAUGCCCAAGAUGGGCAAAUCGAGGAAGCGCUCGCGAUGCUCAACCAGGUCCCCUGCGCGAGCCCACUGCCCUACACGGUGGUGAUCUCCGCGAUGGCGCAAGAAGGAGCCCUAAUCCCCGCCACGAAGCUCUUCUCGCGGAUCCCCAACCACGACACGGUCUCGUGGACGGCGAUGGUGGCGGCGAAUGCCCAGAACGGGCAUGGCAGGGCGGCGCUAGGGUUCUUCCGGGCGAUGGAUCUCGAGGGCGUGGCGGCGGACGAGAUCACGAUCCUGAGCGUGCUGAGCGCUUGCGGGCACGAGGGAUUGCUGGCCGAGGGCUGGAGCUACUUCGUCCUCCUGGGCGACGAUCGGGGGAUGGCCGCGAGCGUGGAGCACUUCUACUGCAUGGUGGAUGUGAUCGGGCGCGCGGGGCGGCUCCAGGAGGCCGAGGAUCUGAUCGCGAGCAUGCCAUUCGUGCCCAAUGUGGUGCCGUGGACGAGCUUGCUCGCGGCGUGCCGGACGCACGGCGAUGCGCACAGGGGGGCGCGCGCCGCGGAUCGUGUUCUUGAGUCGCGAUUUGGGGCGAUCGAUGUGCCCUACGCGCUGAUUUGCAACGCCUACCUCGGCGCUGGGAGGAUCCAGGACGCCGAGAUGGUGCGCCGGAUGAUGAGGGAGCAGCAAUUGGGGCUGGGCGCGCGGAGGAGGAGAAGAGUCGCUCUCUCGCAAAGUACGGAUUGCUUUGCCCUAGAGAUUUAG